CGCAUGAUUUCAAUUUGUGUCUCAAAGCGAAAGGCUUGCUGUAUACGGGACCCAUGGCAUCAGCAUCCAUUUUGCCUCUACCAAUUAUUUCAUGUCAUAUUUUUUAUCAGUAUAUUUUCUAAAUCAAAAUAUAAUGACAGCCAGCUAUGUGAAAGAUUGGGGUGAUCCCUUGGGGUCUGAAUGAAAUAUGUUUCAAUUUUAUUACCACAAAUCAGAUGUAUCAUCACCAUGUCCGUGAUGCUGUAGCACUCAAGGUGGCAACCACUAGGAUGUCUCGCCAGAUCUACUUUUGCGGCUCGAUCCGCGGCGGCCGUCAGGACGUGGAUCUGUACGGCCGGCUGGUGGCCGCGCUGCGCCGCUACGGCACCGUGCUCACAGAGUUUGUCGCAGACCCCAAAGUCACGGACAUGGGCAGUAACGAGGGCACGGCCACCACAGACCGCGAGAUCCACGACAGGGACGUCCGGCUGCUGGAGGAGUGUGACACGAUCGUGGCCGAGGUGACGCAGCCCUCGCUCGGAGUCGGGUACGAGAUCGGCCGCGGGAUCGCCAUGGGCGGCCGGCGCGUACUCUGCCUGUACCGGCCUCAGCCGGACAAACGUCUCUCGGCAAUGAUCCGCGGCCUGCCGCCCUCCAAGGACAUACAGGUGGUCGACUACUCGGCCGACAGCUUUGAGCAGGUGCUGUCCGACUUUUUCUCUGCCGCCUAGCACUGUGAUGGGUGUCAGUCAGGUGGUGCUCUGAUGGUGCUGCCGGUGAGCACCGGGAAACUCGACUGCCAUUACGUGUGCAAUCUCAGUGAUUUGAUGAGCAUAUUUCGGCCUCCGGUCGAUGUUUUGCCCCUUGUUGAAAACGUACUCAGGUGCCCCUUUUUAUGCGGGCAUUGUGCUUCCUUAUGUAAAUGAAAAUAAAUUGGCGUUUUUGUA